GAGGCACGCCUAGGAAGCAGCUCCCCUCAGGAAACAGAGCGUCCCUUGGUUCUUUGUUUAGUCUGGCCAGUUGAUCUGGGGAAAGGGAGGCAGUCUGCGAAGGUGGAAGGUGGGGACGUGGAGGAGGACUAGGUCUGGGUUGCGGGGUGCCCCUGUCUCCUCGCGGGGAGCCCCUCUUCUGCCCAUUCUCGCCUCCUUGCUCCUCCUGAGUCGGGAAACGCGGCCCCGCCUGGCCCCGCGCGGCCGCCGUAGAAUCACCGUUGCCAUGGCUCCCAGGUGCGGGCGCGCGGAGGAGAGACCAGGAGGCGUCCAGGGAGUCCUUGGGGGUCCUGGUCGAGCUUCCUGGGCCCGCGAACCCGAGAGGCGCCAUGGGACGGAUCACGGAAGAUCUUAUUAGACGGAAUGCCGAGCACAAUGACUGUAUAAUUUUUUCCCUGGAGGAGCUCUCCUUGCAUCAGCAAGAAAUAGAAAGACUAGAACAUAUUGACAAGUGGUGCCGGGAUUUAAAAAUCCUCUAUCUUCAAAAUAAUCUCAUUGGAAAAAUUGAAAAUGUUAGCAAACUCAAGAAACUUGAAUAUUUGAAUUUAGCUUUAAACAACAUUGAAAAAAUUGAAAAUUUGGAAGCAGGAUGUGAAGGGCUGACAAAGCUUGACUUGACGGUAAAUUUCAUUGGCGAGCUGAGCAGUGUGAAAACCCUUCAACACAACAUCCACCUGAAGGAGCUCUUCCUCAUGGGAAACCCCUGCGCUGACUUUGACGGCUACAGACAGUUCAUGGUGGCAACUCUGCAACAACUAAAGUGGUUGGAUGGUAAAGAAAUUGAGCGUUCAGAAAGGAUUCAGGCAUUACAGGACUUUCCAGCAGUUGAACAACAAAUCAGAGAGCAGGAGAAAGCUUACUGCCUCAAACGAGCCAAGGACAAGGAGGAGGCUCAGAGGAAACUGCAGGAGGAGGAAAACGAAGGCGAGAGAGAGGGAAGGCACACAGGCUUUGACGGACGUUGGUACACAGACAUCAGUGCUACUCUCCCAUCUUCUGAAGAGAGCAAAGACGACGUCCAGGCACCAGAAAUACAAGAAGGGGGAUGUAAGAAAAAGAAAUUAGACAACGGUGAAGACGACCUGGAAUUCUGGAAUAAGCCCUCUUUGUAUACCCCCGAAUCUAGAUUGGAAACUCUGAGACAUAUGGAAAAACAACGGAAAGACCAAGAAAAAUUAAGUGAAAAAAAGAAGAAAGUGAAACCACCCAGGGUGCUGAUCUCUGAGAAUGGGAGAGCCCUGAAUGUAAAUGAGCCCAAACUUGACUUCUCUUUGAGAGAUGAUGAAAAGCGUAACCAGAUCGUCCUGGACCUGGCUGUAUAUAGGUAUAUGGACACCUCUUUAAUCGAUGUUGAUGUACAACCAACUUAUGUGCGAGUGAUGGUCAAGGGAAAGCCAUUUCAGCUUGUCCUUCCUGCAGAAGUCAAACCUGAUAGCAGCUCUGCUAAAAGAGCUCAGACAACAGGGCAUCUGGUGGUCUACAUGCCCAAGCAUUGCGAGUGCUCUGGGGCCCCGUGUUGGACAGCCCGAAACGUUUCCAUCAUCGCAGAAAAUUCUCCUGGACAGCACUGCUCCCCGACAGCCUGCCACCGUGCCUCUCGGAGGGAGGUCCUGCUGACCCCACUCACCCCCGAGACACCCCAGGAGGAAGGUGGGCGAAAUAAUCACAGGUUGUCAAGUAACAUCAAAGCCAGUGAAAAGCACUCCGGACAGCAGCAGGGAGCAGACGAACAAAAGAAGCCAGCAAAUGGAGAGACUAGAAGUAGAUCCCAGCAAGCAUGCCUUCCCUGAUGUGGCUAACAUAGUUCAAGCGAAAAAACACACGCCCAGAAGAGUUCAAGCUGAACCCAAAAUUAUACCAAGCGAGGAAGAUCCAGACUUUGAAGAUAAUCCCGAAGUGCCUCCGUUGAUUUGAAAACUUCAGGCUGCACCGACUGUGACCCGCCAGACCCAGAUUUGCUCAGUGCAGAGAGUGCGUGUAUGUUAUUUCUGGGGUAAACAGUUAUUUUCAACAUUACUCCUCCGAUGUUUUAGGUCCUACUUUGUACAUUAAUAUUCUCAAACCAGUUUACAAUUAAAAUGUGUACCUUCAAAAUGCUAUAA